AUGGAGGACGAGGAUUACAACACGUCCCUCUCCUACAGUUAUGAAUACUCCGAUGAUUUGGAACCCAUUGUGGUUUUGGAGGAGUCUUCUCCGCUGGAAGGCAGGGUGGCCAGGAUCUUCCUGGUGGUGGUCUAUAGCAUCGUCUGUUUCCUCGGGAUCCUGGGCAAUGGCGUGGUGAUCAUCAUCGCCACCUUCAAGAUGAAGAAGACCGUGAACACUGUCUGGUUCCUCAAUCUGGCCGUGGCGGAUUUCCUGUUCAAUGUCUUCCUCCCGAUGCACAUCGCCUAUGCCGCCAUGGACUACCACUGGGUUUUUGGGACGGCCAUGUGCAAGAUCAGCAACUUCUUGCUCAUCCACAACAUGUACACCAGCGUCUUCCUGCUGACAGUCAUCAGCUUCGACCGCUGCAUCUCUGUGCUCCUCCCCGUCUGGUCCCAGAACCACCGCAGCGUCCGGCUGGCCUACCUGGCCUGCGUGGUUAUCUGGGUCCUGGCUUUCUUCUUGAGUUCCCCGUCCCUCGUCUUCCGAGACACAGCCCAUGUGCACGGGGGUAAAAUAUCCUGCUUCAACAACUUCAGCCUGUCAGUGGCCGGCUCCUCCCCGUGGCCCGCUCAACACCAACUGAACCCUGUGGGGUUCGGCCGGCACAUGGUGGUGACCGUCACCCGCUUCCUCUGUGGCUUCCUGGUCCCUGUCCUUAUCAUCACAGCCUGCUACUUCACCAUCGUCUGCAAGGUGCAGCGCAACCGCCUGGCCAAGACCAAGAAGCCCUUCAAGAUCAUCGUGACCAUCAUCAUCACCUUCUUCCUCUGCUGGUGCCCCUACCACACACUCAACCUCUUGGAGCUCCACCACACUGCCAUGCCUGGCCCCGUCUUCAGCCUGGGUUUGCCCCUGGCCACUGCCAUCGCCAUCGCCAACAGCUGCAUGAACCCUAUUCUGUACGUCUUCAUGGGUCAGGACUUCAAGAAGUUCAAGGUGGCUGUCUUCUCUCGCCUGGUCAACGCUCUGAGUGAGGAGACGGGCCACUCCCCCUUUCCCAGUCACAGGAGCUUUACCAAGACGUCCUUGAUGAACGAGAGGUCCUCAGUAAACGAGAGGGAGACCAGCAUGCUUUGAGCCCCACCUGGGAAACGUCCAGUGGACACUCCCAUCCUUGGAGGCCCAAAGCUAUGCCUUCUCAAGACCACGCAGGAACCUUUUCAGCACCCACCAAUGCCCACUGCGUUUUGCACGGGGGUGAACAGUGCUUUGAGCUGGGACUCCAGGGCUGGGAGCCCCUUUCUUCCAGUGGCAUGGUGGACAGAGCAUGCCAUGUGGCUCAGCCGUGGGCCGGCAUCCCAUGCUUCUUGGGAGACCAGCCUUGACUGAUGCAAAACCAAAAAGGGAGAAUUCUCAAAAGCACUGCCGUGAACUGGGAUUGGCAAACGAUAGCGAGAUUAAGCUACCUACUGUGUGCUCUCCAGGAAUGACACAAACACUCUCCAAGGUCCAUUCCUGGUGUGAGCAGAGGAGGUCAGAGCAAACCCAGUGUGAUGGAGAUCACACCUCGCCCCGUGUACCUAUCUUAGUAGCCGGCCAGACGUCCCACCCUGCAAACCAUUCCUCUGGGUUAGGGCGUGUGGAAUGCACAGGUUACCUGGGAGAGGAAGGUGACAUGUGAGCCCAGGAGUUCCCAGAACCAUGGAUUUGGCUUUCAGAUCAGCUCAGAAGACAGAGGACAGGUCCUAAGGGGCCGUGUGGGCUCUUUGUGAGGACAAGACAAGCCGGGCUGCAUUGAGGACUUGGGGUCUAGGAGAAGGAAUGGAGAAAGAAGAGGAAAGACCCUUCGAAGGGUGCGGCCUGCAGCAACUCACCC